UAUAAGGGAUAACCACAAAAAAAUUGAACCAUAAAAUAAUAUAUGGUUGAAGACGAGGAGUCACUAGGCUCAGAGGUGCAAAAGUUAUGCCUGGUGUAGUAGAAGUAGGUAAAACGAAAAGAAAUUGAAUCACAGUAUUUAGUACGAAGUGCGUACUGAUAAAAUUUAAAUCAACCUCAUACAUCCGGCAAAUGUUAAAAACAUACGUGUCAACAAUUGACAGCUGUGCCUUUUCGCAUGCGUAUCGUUUUGGAAAAUGUUUUAAGACCGAUGCAAAAUCACGACAUUAGUACUAUUUCGUUAUUUUUAAGUGAUAUAAUUACUGUGUAGUUUAAUUAAUUCCGGAGACUAUCGACUGCCGAUAAGAUUACCACGAGUUAACACGUUUACUAACAAUCGCAGUUAGCAAAAUUAUGUUUCCGACAUGUCUGACAAAGGAAAUCGAGAAGAAAGCCGAAAGGGAGCUGGGAGAAACCGCCGAAGUUAGGGAUUUGGAACUGAAACAGAUUAGGGAGUGGAUCACUCAGCAACCCUUUCUAAGCCAAACGCCAGGUGAUCUGUUACUUUUGAACUAUUUACGGGGAUGCAGGUUCGACCAAGCUAAAGCCCGGGAGAAACUAUCGCACUAUUUCACCAGAAGGGCGCAUGUGAGGGAUAUUUAUCUGAGCAGAGAUCCGGAGAAAGCAGAACUCGAUGAUGUCCUAUCGAGGGGAAUUAUUUCGCUCGCGAUGUCCGAGGACACAGAAAUGAUUAUACUGCGAUGGGAACACUGUGACGUAAAGAAGGUGCCUUUGUUAAACGUGCUGAAAUUGGGAUUUAUGCUUUUUGACGUAUUUGUUCACGAAAGUCCCACCUUUAUGGCGGUGGGGCACACCGUACUUAUAGACUGCCAAAAUCUACCCUUCGGGUACAUCAAGCAAUUCAGCCCCUCUCUACUUAAGGAAUUAGAGUAUAUUAUGUUUAAAGCCUAUCCUACAAGGAUUAAAGGAGUGCACAUUGUUAAUCCAGGCACGGUUAUGGGAAUCAUGGUUAGCAUGUUUAAGCCAUUUCUACCAGAAAAUAUUAAAUCACGGAUCAAAAUCUAUACAAACGGCGGCACGGGUGAUAUUUUAAAGCACAUCCCUUCGCACGUGCUACCCCAAGAGUACGGAGGAAGAGGGGAAUCGAUUGACACUCUAAAGGAAAGAACAAGGAAAAUACUGAAGGACAGACGAGCGUGGUUUGUUAAUGAAGACAACAGGAUCAUUAUUGACCAGGCUCUCAAAGGUAGAGACGUUUACGUGUAGAUUCAGUGAUCACCAAAUGAUUUCGUCAUGUAACACUUCAUCCAGUGUGGUUGCGUACAUAUUUGAUUAGACCAAGCCAAGUAGUUGUUAUCAUACGAUAUUGAUUCGGUGACACAUUUUGUUUUUGUUCGAAUAAAGGUCACUAGCGUGUUA